AUGCAGUGGAGAAUCGGUGUUGGAAUGGCAUUUUCUUUCAUUUGUUGCAGAUUUGCCUACAAAAAUGCAGAUUUGGUCAACACACAGCCAAGUAUGCAUAUGGAUAUUUUUAGCCUAACUCCACAAUUUCUCUUGUUGGGAAUUAUGAAAGGACUUUCUGAAAGAGGGCUUCAAAGUUUCUAUCGUUCUCUGCUUUCUGAAUCUCUAAGGGACUACAGGACACCAUUUGGAGAAUGUGUGAUGGGCAUCGGAAAGUUUCUGAGUACACUUUGUAUCCUCAUUUUCAAAAGCUGGUUUGGGCAUGAUACAGAUUCAAGUCGAAUGGACAAUUAUUAUACGAUACUGACCAUUCUAAGUUUUGCUUGCUUCCUAAUUUACUGGGUUGCGCUUGCGCACUGUUAUGGAGAUGCACCUCAAGAAGUAGACUGUGAACAACCAAUAGAACACAAGACAGUUUAG